UUCUCCGGCCUCCAAGCUUCCAGGGAAUUAGAAAGUGGAGGCGGCUUAUGGGAUCAGAUGAGUACAUUCGCAGAUGGGGGAAAAAAGUGUACCUGUCAGCUUAGAAGCCAGAGGGAGACAAAGGGAUAAAAGCAAACCCUGUCCAGGUGCGGUGGCUCAUGCCUGUAAUCCCAGCACUUUGGGAGGCCCAGGCGGGCGGAUCGCUUGAGGUCAGGAGUUCGAGACCAGCCUGACCAACAUGGUGAAACCCCCGUCUCUACUAAGAUACAAAAUUUAGCUGGCAUAGUGGCGGGCGCCCGUAAUGCCAGCUACUCCGGGGGCUGAGGCAGGAGAAUCGCUUGAACCCAGGAGGCAGAGGUUGCAGUGAGCCGAGAUCGUGCCACUACACUCCAGCCUGGGCAACAGAGGGAGACUCCGUCUCAAAAGAAAAAAAAAAAAAAAAGCAAACCCUGAGAAAGCGAGAAAGCACUUUGAGCAUUUAGAAUGGGAACAAACGGCGCUAUUAGUGCUUCAAAAACGUAACUGCCCAAGGCCCCUGGGGCCUGGAGCAGUAUCUAGCACAAAGUAGACACUCAGUAAAUAUUUGGAAUAGAAGAUGAACAAACCCAUAACACCAUCAACAUAUGUGCGCUGCCUCAAUGUUGGACUAAUUAGGAAGCUGUCAGAUUUUAUUGAUCCUCAAGAAGGAUGGAAGAAGUUAGCUGUAGCUAUUAAAAAACCAUCUGGUGAUGAUAGAUACAAUCAGUUUCACAUAAGGAGAUUUGAAGCAUUACUUCAAACUGGAAAAAGUCCCACUUCUGAAUUACUGUUUGACUGGGGCACCACAAAUUGCACAGUUGGUGAUCUUGUGGAUCUUUUGAUCCAAAAUGAAUUUUUUGCUCCUGCGAGUCUUUUGCUCCCAGAUGCUGUUCUCAAAACUGCUAAUACACUACCUUCUGAAGAAGCUGUAACAGUUCAGCAAAAACAGAUGCCUUUCUAUGACAAAGACAGGACAUUGAUGACACCUGUGCAGAAUCUUGAACAAAGCUAUAUGCCACCUGACUCCUCAAGUCCAGAAAAUAAAAGUUUAGAAGUUAGUGAUACACGUUUUCACAGUUUUUCAUUUUAUGAAUUGAAGAAUGUCACAAAUAACUUUGAUGAACGACCCAUUUCUGUUGGUGGUAAUAAAAUGGGAGAGGGAGGAUUUGGAGUUGUAUAUAAAGGCUACGUAAAUAACACAACUGUGGCAGUGAAGAAGCUUGCAGCAAUGGUUGACAUUACUACUGAAGAACUGAAACAGCAGUUUGAUCAAGAAAUAAAAGUAAUGGCAAAGUGUCAACAUGAAAACUUAGUAGAACUACUUGGUUUCUCAAGUGAGGGAGAUGACCUCUGCUUAGUAUAUGUUUACAUGCCUAAUGGUUCAUUGCUAGACAGACUCUCUUGCUUGGAUGGUACUCCACCACUUUCUUGGCACAUGAGAUGCAAGAUUGCUCAGGGUGCAGCUAAUGGCAUCAAUUUUCUACAUGAAAAUCAUCAUAUUCAUAGAGAUAUUAAAAGUGCAAAUAUCUUACUAGAUGAAGCUUUUACUGCUAAAAUAUCUGACUUUGGCCUUGCACGGGCUUCUGAGAAGUUUGCCCAGACAGUCAUGACUAGCAGAAUUGUGGGAACAACAGCUUAUAUGGCACCAGAAGCUUUGCGUGGAGAAAUAACACCCAAAUCUGAUAUUUACAGCUUUGGUGUGGUUUUACUAGAAAUAAUAACUGGACUUCCAGCUGUGGAUGAACACCGUGAACCUCAGUUAUUGCUAGAUAUUAAAGAAGAAAUUGAAGAUGAAGAAAAGACAAUUGAAGAUUAUAUUGAUAAAAAGAUGAAUGAUGCUGAUUCCACUUCAGUUGAAACUAUGUACUCUGUUGCUAGUGAAUGUCUGCAUGAAAAGAAAAAUAAGAGACCAGACAUUAAGAAGGUUCAACAACUGCUGCAAGAGAUGACAGCUUCUUAAAACUUUAUUGGAAAAGACUCUUGACUUUUUAUAUACACCUAUCUCAACCAUUUUUUUAACUGAUUUUUUUCCUAAAUAUUCUUCUUUACCUUUAACAAGGCACAGGCUGUUGCAGGACAGUGGUUAUUAAAGCAUGGGUUGAACUUCCAAAAUAUAGAAAUAGAGCCACCAUAUCAACACUUAGCCCUACCCAUUAGUAUCACCCCCAGUUCUUACAGUAAUCCCUGAGAAAUCUCCUUCAAGCAUCACUAAACACAGUUUGAAAAUUACAGGGUUAGCAAAAAGAGCCUGGGCUGUAUGUAGGGUGGAAACACUCUGAUCUGAAGCCCAACUGACUCCACUACUAAUUUGCUGUAAAGCUUUGGACAUAACACUUAGCUGCUGUAAGCCACUAAUAACAUUGGGCUAAUAUCUGCUGUGCUUCUCUGACAGGUAGUCAUGAAAAUCAAAUGAUGCAGAAUAUAUACAAGCACUUUGUAAGUUGUAAAAUGAUACAAAAUUUAAAGUUUAUAGAGCCAGUUACAAAAUCCUAUUAGUCAUAUAUUUAUAGAUUGUGUUCACAGCAAUCAUUUAACCACAAAUAAAAUAUCCCUUGAUGAUACUGCCAUAAUGAUAUGUCCAUUAUUAGAUUAUGUUACAUGACAAAGUUGAAGGAAUUUGGCAGAUGCAGUUAAGGUUACUAAACAACUCACUCUGAGACUGUUGAAAGGGCCUGACCUAAUCAAGUGAACCCUUGCAAGAAGAAUUCUCCUUGUAAGCCUUGAAGAAGUAUGUGAGAGGGCCACAUUGGCUAAAACGUAAAGGUGGUCUCUAGGAGAUGAGACCUACCUUCCAGUUGUCAGCAAGCAGGAAAAAAAAAUUGGGACCUCAGUUGCAACCACAAGGAACUGAAUUCUGCCAAAAAUCUGAGUCAGCUUAGAAGAGUACUCCAAGCUUCAGAUGAUAACCACAGCCUGGGCUGACACCUAUAUUUCAGCUUUGCGUGAUCCUCAGUAUGAGAAUCUAUCUGUUCUGUGCUGGACUUCUAAUAUAUAGAACUGUGAGAUAAUGGGUCACAUUGGCUGGAUGUGGUGGCUCAUACCUGUAAAUCCCAGCACUUUGGGAGGCCGAGGCGGGCAGAUCACCCGAGGUCAAGAGUUCAAGACCAGCCUGGCCAACAUGGUGAAACCCCGUCUCUACUAAAAAUACAAAAAUUAGAUGAGCAUGGUGGUGGGCGCCUGUAGUCCCAGCUACUUGGGAGGCUGAGGCAGGAGACUUGCUGGAACCAGGGAGGUAGAGGUUGCAGUGAGCUGAGAUCGUGCCACUGCACUCCAGCCUGGGUGACAGAGUGAGACUCCAUCAUAAAUAAAUAAAUAAAUAAAUAAAUAAAUAAAUAAAUGGGUCACAUUAAGCCUUUAA